AUGCCGGGCUAUCCUCAGCCCUUACGCACGGUGUCCAAACCCACGUUCCGAGUUGGAGAGGCGGGAAGCAAGGGGCUUGGUCUUUUUGCUGCUCGUGCUCUCGGUCAAGGAGAGCUUAUCAUCGAUGAGCGGCCAUUGCUCAUCAGCGUUCGCGGGGUGCCCGUCGCAGUGGACCCCCUCACCCCCGAUGAGAUCACCGCCGUCUGCGACGCGGUGAGGUUGUACACCGCGACCAACACGGAUGUCAGGACACUCAAGCUCAUGACCUGCUAUUUGUUGCCGCCCCCGAAGAAGGUCAAUCACGGCUGUUUUGGCGCACCUUGCCAUACCUAUAGCCCCUGGUCGGAAACCGGAGCAGCCGGUGCCCAUAACGCGAAAGGCGCAAGUCGACGUGUGUCCGCUUUUGACUAUCGUAGCCCGAAUACUGACGGUAUGAAGUUUCAAGAUGUCGCUUCAGGGUGUGUUGUUUUGCACCAUCUUGACACAAGACUUAUACUCCCAAGGCGGCAUUACAACAGCAUUUUGUCACUACGAGAAGGCACAUGGAUGGUUGACUUGCUGGAUCUCCUUGAAGAUGGUCUCCAGCCAGCCAUUCCGCCGGAAGAGCAACUUCGGUGCGAGGUUGUAGUUAGAGCAGACCCACGGGUCCAGCAAUUUGCGAAGGACGUUGGGGUGCUUCCCGAGGAGAUAUUUUGCGAAUCGUGGGCCAUUGGCUACGACGACCGUUUCCCACCGACACAGCGGCUGCAACAAGGACUCAUGUUCGCGCGCUUCUCGCAACACGACAAUCUGUACGCCCAUCCAAUGGAUUUCACGAUAAUAUACGACUCCAUCGCUGAGAAGGUCAUUCAUAUCGAGUUUCCACCGCACUACAAGGAUGGACUUGUCUCGUCAAAUCCAGAUACCAGCCCCCCGGAUCUUCAACUUGACCCGCUAGUAGUUUCCGGACGAGAGCGCGUUCCUCCUCCCCGCAAAGCAUUUGAUUUCCUGCCAGACUUGAUGGCUGCGGCAGACAAAGACUUCAAACAACGCGAUGACCUCAAGCCGCUGCACAUAUUGCAACCGGAGGGCGUCAGCUUCCGGCUUGAUGGGCAACAACUGGAGUGGCAGAAUUGGAAGAUGCAUAUUGCGUUUCACCACCGCGAAGGCCUUGCGCUGUCGACCAUCACCUACAAUGACCACGGUGAGGUGCGCCCGCUGUUUUACCGCCUUUCGUUAUCGGAGAUGGUGGUCCCAUAUGGGGCGCCAGAGUACCCGCACGGGCGGAAAUCUGCUUUCGACGCGUGA